AUUAAUAGAUUUUUUAAAGGACUAUUUCCCAAAUAUAUUAGGCUAUAAUUCAUUAUUCUACUUGGAUUGACACCAAGACAGAUGGUUUAGUGGAUUUUGAAGGCAACCUAAAGUUUAACUAAAUGAAGAGGCCCUGGGAAACAAGUGUGUUUAAUUACUAGGCCUUUCUGUGUGAAUGGGCAAAGUUCGGAUGAAAAGGUAUUUUGAGGUCCUGACUUUAGCUGUUUUUCUUACUUGUGAUCACAAAGAAUGAAAACAAGCUGGUGAGGGGUGGGAUGGGAAUAGGAACAUGAAGUGUUUGGGAACUGCAAGUUCUCACAUGUAUUGGACACAUUUUUUAUAUAAUCUGCUGGAUCAGCAUGUGAAUCAAAAGAGGACCUGUACCCGUAUACAGCUGUCUCAAAGCAAAUCCAUGAGACCUGACAGGAAUACAUAUGAUGGACAGAGCUCCUCCCACUCCCAUCAUUUCUUUGGGGAAGUCAAGGAGAGAGAGAAAGAAAAAAGUAUGAAGAUGAAAGUAAUGGAAAAUGGAACAAUUUCUUCCCAGAAAAGUUUUGUUCAUGUUAAGAAUCCUUACUUGGAUACGAUGGAUGAAGACAUCCUCUAUCACUUGGAUUUAGGCACAAAAACACACAAUCUACCAGAAAUGUUUGGGGAUGUUAAGUUUGUCUGCGUCGGUGGGAGCCCCAACAGAAUGAAAGCAUUUGCACUGUUCAUGCACAAGGAGCUCGGGCCGGUGGAAGGUGGAGAAGAUAUUGAAGACAUCUGUGCUGGAACUGACAGAUACUGCAUGUUCAAAACUGGCCCUGUGCUGUGCAUCAGUCACGGCAUGGGCGUCCCUUCAAUUUCCAUUAUGCUUCACGAACUUAUCAAAUUACUACAUCAUGCACGGUGCUGUGACGUUACUAUGAUCAGGAUGGGUACAUCAGGGGGAAUAGGGAUUGCACCCGGGUCUGUUGUAAUAACAGACACAGCUGUGGACUCCUUCUUCAAACCUCAAUUUGAGCAGGUAAUUUUGGACAAUGUGGUCACUCGAAGUACUGAACUUGACAAGGAGCUGGCUGAAGAACUAUUCAACUGUAGCAAAAAAAUUCCCAACUUCCCAGCCCUCAUUGGACAUACAAUGUGUACCUAUGAUUUUUAUGAAGGCCAAGGUCGACUUGAUGGAGCCCUGUGCUCUUUUUCUAGAGAAAACAAGUUGGAUUACUUGACGAGAGCAUAUAAAGCUGGUGUCAGGAAUAUUGAAAUGGAAUCUACAGUAUUUGCAGCCAUGUGCAGACUCUGCGGUCUAAAAGCUGCUGUGGUCUGCGUGACACUGCUUGACAGACUUCACGGAGAUCAGAUCAACUUGUCCCAUGAUGUUCUAGCAGAGUACCAGCAACGGCCUCAGCUCCUAAUCUCAAACUUCAUCAAAAAGAAGCUUGGACUUUGUGACUAGAUCUCAUAACUUCGCAGCCCAAUCCUCCUCUGCAAGUUCGUAGACCAACUUCUAAUGCUCAUGCCACAUAUUAUUUAUGGCAUCUUCUGUUUUUCUUUUUUUUCUGGCUGGUGUCAGAGAUUGAACCCAGGGUUUCACAUGUGCUAGGCAAAUGUUCCACCACUGAACUACAGUCCCAGCAUUGUAACAUUUUCAUAUAGUUCUCAUUCCCAUACUAAGAGCAUAAUAGGGAGAUUUCAUCAAAUGUUUUUAUCUGAAAAACUGAAUUUAUUGUAAGAAAAUUUAAUACCCACAUUAAAUUACAUUUUAGAAUAAGUUAACUAAGUCAGUCUAAUAAUUAAAAUUUUAAACUCCUGAAUUGUGACAUUUGGAGUUUCAUAUUCAGCAUUAAUUAAGCUCACAUCAAAAUAGAUCAAGCCAUUUGUAGAUACAGUUACCAGCCACUGUGUUUCUGAAACCAAUCCAGAAAUUCAUGUUAGGACGUUGUCAGGCACAUCUAGGUGUUGGACUAGUGACAGAAAUUGAUCAUGCACAUUCAAAAUAUUUACAGAAAAAAAUGUCAGUGUAAUGUAGGUCUAUAUGAAAGAGUUAUCCUUGGGGAAAUAUGACUAUACUUCUUUUUUACCCUUGCCUGAUUUCAGUCACCACAGAACAGGACUAGAGGCUUAUGUAUGCCUAUGUUUGUGAUUUUAUCACAGAAUGUAACAGCUCUGGAUUAUACAUUUAUUUUCAAAUAAAACCCCUUGGUAAUCCAAAGAAAGAUACGUUUUUCUUCAGAAAUCACAAGUGACUAAAUUGCCUUCUAGCAAUCUUUUUUCUUUUAAGAGAAUGCUUUGUUGGAAGACUAUUUUUUUUCACUUGAACAUGAACCAAAUUGUCUGAGGAAUUAGUAACAACUGAAUUUAAGCUUGAGUUCAGGAUGUUAAAGCAGUCCUUUUGUGUGACCAAGGCAGGUCUUGUUCAGGCCCUGCACACACUCUUGCCAGCCCUCUAGGAGGCAUGGAGCACUUAUAGUCUGCACUAGGCUCUCCAUGAGUUGAUUCUGCCCUGGGGGUUCUGCAUUUGACACUCAGGAGUUGUAAAGAAUGGAUAGAGGGUAGGUGUGGAGGGUAGAGGGGAGCUUGCAAACGUGUCUAGUAUGUAAUAUUGUAUACAUAUAUUUAUAUGGUUGAGGCUCAAGUAAAAUUUAAUUCCAACCAUAAUACAGCGUGCUUGUCUCCUGGAAAUAUCACCUGGUCUUCUGUGGCAGAAUGGAGGCAUAGGGUGGGAUUCCCUGUGGACCAGCUCCAGCCUCGAGGUUGGUUGAGUCUGAAUCGGUCUAUUCCUGUGAAGGGAAUGCUUUUCUCUUUUAAGUGGCAACAAUAACAUUUCCCCUAAGUGGUGCUUCAGUUUGUGAAUUUCUUUUGGCAAUAGCGAUGUUUGAAGUGCAACUUUCCAGGCAUCCCAAUAAUUGACCAUCAAAUAUAAAGGACUAGAAUACUAGAGUUAAAAGUAAAGUGGAAUGGCACGACAGUCAUUUUCUGGUAGGACCUUUCCUUUAUUUCAUAUUUUAUAGAUAGGUAGAAAUCAAGUCAGAGUGGUUCCAUAAACUUUCAGUUUUAACUUGUACUUUUUUACUUUGUAUUUUACUGGGAAAAGGGGAGGUGAGAGAGAGAAAAUAUUUACAAUUUGUCUUCCUAUCGACUCUUGACUCUUGAGUAGGAGUGCAUGUGUGUGCGUGCAUGUGUGUGUGUGUGUGUGCAUGUGUUUUCUUCAUUAGCAUUUCCUAUCUCCAUAAAUGCUAUCAGUUAUAAUAUCAGUUGCACAAGCCAGUAACCUGGGAUACUCCUUUGAUAAUUUUCCUUCAUUUUCAUAUCCAAUCAAUCAUUCAAAUCCAAUAAAUUGUUUUGCCUAAAUCACUCCCCAAUCUGUCUCCUUCCAGCUCCUCGACACCAGUCCUAGUCUGACCACCACUAUAUCUUGGUGGUGACCUCACCCUGGUAGCCAUGCUGCCAUUCUUGAAAUUUAUUGGGCUCUCCUCUGGCUUUAGAGCUUCAUACAAGUCUUAGAAUGAAGCCCAAGACCUUCAGCACAGCCUUGGUGGAGAGCCAGAUCACUUAGCCCUCUUCUUGUCUCUGCCCUCUGGGACAUCACCCUUGCUUCUCCUUUGAUGCUCAAGGCACCAUUUACAAAGGCACAGUUCCAUACAGAGGACUGCUCCAGGGACCAUCCAGCGAAAGGAUAAGUAAGACUGAGAUCCACCCUGUUCCUCUAGCUGUGUGCCCUGGCUCUGGGCUGCAGUCACUGAGACAAACCUUUUCCGAUUGACAUGGCUGUAUCGUACAGACAUCCUGUCCCAUCUCAGGAUUUUUAACUAUUUCCUUCCCUCAAGGGCCCCACUUAACUCCUGCUCUUGGUUUAAGUCUCAACCCAAAAUUACCUUCCUUUGUAAAACCUUCUUGAUCCUGAACAAGGCAGAUUCCUCUCUGCAUUGUCCAGCACCUCCCAGCCUGUUCCUGCCCCUUUAAAGCACUUGUCACAGCUUGCAGUUAUGUCAUUGUUUGGCUCAUUAAUUAACUAAUGCUUAAUAUCUAGACUAUAAAGUUCUAAAGGCACAGAGAGUUCCUGUUGUAUUCACUGGUGCCACCCCAAGCACCUAAAACUCUGCCUGUCACUUCUGAGAUGCUUAGUAAUGCCUGUUAAAUGAGGAAUUCUUUUCAGAGAGAUUCCCUUAUGUACUCUCAAGCUAAUGAGGCUGGUAGGGUGCCAGUGGAAUUGUUCAGGGCACCUCCCUGAGGUUCUCAACACAGGGGCACUAGGGAAGGUUUGCCAGGGAAGUCUUAGGUUCACCAGAGAAGUCUUAGGUUCAUGAAGGAAGUCUGAGGUCCCAUCUCAGACCAACUCAAUUAGAAUCUCUGGCAUGGGACUAGGAAGCUCUAUUUUAAAAUGUCUCAUGGUGAUAUACAGCCUGGAUUGACAGCCACUGAUUCAGAAAAAUAGAUCCCUCAGGUGUUCCUCCAAACGAACUGCUGAAAGUCUUCAGGAGUGUGACCCAUAAGUGUGUUAUGCCAACUUGGCUAGAAUAAGAAAUACCCAGAAGAUUAGUAGAGAGAGGUUCACGGUGUCUCUGGAAGAUUAAUAUGUAGGCCCACAAACCAAGGGAGAAGACUUACCCUGGUUGUGGGUGACACGAACCAAUAGACCUGGAGCCUGGCUAAAAUAAAAAAUGGAAGAAGCAUGAAGUACGCUGGUUUUCAAGAACUCCAGUCUUCUGUAGAAGACUGCCAACCUUUGCUGCCAUCCUCAGUUCCCAGGUCUCUGUUUCUUCAGCCUCUCAAGACAGUCUCCCUGCUAGCGACUGCCCAGUGAGCUUCCGGCCUUUCAGCCUUAGCCUGGUGCUUCAUGUUUAAGCCAUCUUGCUUUGGGGGUGCAUCUUUUUGGACUGCACAGCUCUCCAGCACAUAGAUGGUCAUUGUGGAUUCUCUCACCGCUCGUGCCACAGAAGCCAUUGUGCACUCCCUUGCUUCUGGUCCUGUAAAUCUUACCUACUGCCGCUGGGCACCACAUGUAUGACAGAAUUGAAGAUUGGGAGUAAAAGACAGACAAAUGGCCUCUGUUUCUUGCCUCUAAGCCACAGGUCCUGACAUCCUAUCAUGGAAGAAGAUUAAAAUUUUCUGACACAUACUGAGUUUUAUACAGCUAAACUGCUCCUUUCCAGAAUCCUAUGUGCCUCUGGACAUACCGCAACUAGAUAUUUUGGAGAUAUUGCCUACAAUGUUAAACUCACACUUGGAGCUAAGUAAACUCAUCUUUAAUGACUAAAGUAUAUCUUUGUUCGUUUCAAAAAGAAAUGAGUUACAAGCUGGGGGCAGUGGUGUGUCAUACAUUUUGUAGAGGAGUAGUCUAAUUACUGUGAUGAAAGGCAAUAAUUUAAGAUUGUAUAUUUUUCCUAAAUUUCUUGGAAAAUCUAUUGCUUUCUACAGUAGUUUAAUUGCUGACAUUUAAUCACAUGGAUGUUUCAGAGUUACAGAAAUUAUCUAUAUUACCUGAUUUUGUCCCAUCCCGUCUUAGGAAGAAUAGCUCUUCAAAAUUUUGGAUUCUUCUUUUUGUUUCCAAAUGACUUUCUUUCUCAUCUGAAUUUAAGUUACUUUACAUUUACAUUUCCUCUCAACACUUCAACCAACAGAAACUCAAGAUGAGGCAAAAUAAGAUGUCAUCCAAGUCUCAGUUUAAGUAAAUAAUCAGCAGUGGACACCAAUUCCCUAGCUGGACCUGUUUCAAACACUUCAAGGGUCUACUUUUGGUGUCAUCUCUUUCCUUCUGCUGAGACCCCAAAGGGUUCAUGUUCUAGAGAUGUGGUUUUCAUGAUUGGUUUAAGGCUGCAGUCCCACAAGUUCACUCCAAGAAAGCAAACAAAUGAUAGAAAAAUAUAAAAAAAGAUAUAGUCUCUUUCUUCAAGAAAUUUACAACCUAGAAUGUCUAAAGCACUAAGAUAAUAUGUGAAUGAUUUUAUCUCAAAGAAUAAUCUGAUAGACUCGAAAAGAGACAGAGAGAGAGAGCUGCACUCUGAGGGGUCAAUAAAGCCAGUGAUCAAAUGGAGCUUGGAGGAUAUGAAAGGGUUUCUACAACAAGGUGAAUACUUGAGGAUGAGAUGUAUUUAAGGGCCAUGAUGUUGAUAGAGACUAUGGGGAAGGUGAUGCCAUCAAAGGAAAAGGCAUUAUUGUAAGAGGAAGGAGGGAGAUGGAGAGGAGAAACCUAGGACGGUGAAGAAUCUGAGUUGGGUGGAUCUGAGAGUCUACUGUAUACAGCCCUGAUCAUCAGGCUUUAUUGUGCAAGCAAUGGGAAGUCACUGAGUGGCAGAGAGCAAAGCCCAUCAGAGGUGUGCUGGGGGUAAGCGGGAAGAGGUACACUGAGGUUGAGAUGAAGACCAGUAACAGGAAACUAUGCCUGAGCCAGUAGCACAAAUCUACAAUUCUAACUGCUCAAGAGGCCGAUGCAGGAGAAUCACAAAAUGGAGGCCUGUAUAGGCAAUUUAGUGAAAGCCUGUUUCAAAAUAAAAAAAUAAUUUAAAAAAAUGACUAGGUAUAUAGUUCAGUGAUAGAGCAUCCCCUGAGUUUGAUCGCCAAUACUGACAAAAAACUGCCCCCCAAAACAGCUGUGCCUGUAUGCUGGUGCCCCAAACUGAAUCAGCUACAUUUCACAAUAUCCAGAAGGUAAAGAAUAGAGAUGGUUUAGAGAUAAGAUGAGGCCUCCAAAUUCAUUAUUUUCUUUUUAUAUUAAUAAGCUCCUCUUACUUGAGAAGGUUAGUAGGUCCAAAAUUUCUUAAUAUGUUAAGCAGCUUACAUAUUUCAAAGUAAAACUUCCUUUUCAUGUGAGUAUGAGGUGUUUCCAGAAUGUUCAGCUGAAAGACUAAGGAAAGUUCGAAUGUGACAGCCAGGCAGUAGUUGUAGGAAGGAGUGGCAUUUAAAUGGUGAGUGAUGCUAGCAGUAUUCUCAGUGUCUAUGUAGGUAAAAAGUUUAUAGUUUUGUGGCUAAUACAAAAUUAUCUUUCCAGAAAAGAAAAAAAUAUGUAUAUAUAUAAUGCAGUUCCUUCAAAAGGAAUUCCUUAAAAUGUCUCAGUGAAAUUCAGAUGUACACACAGGAUGGAUAAACCUUGAGGACAUUAUUCUAAGUGAAAGAAGACAGAAAAAGACAAAUAUUGAAUGAUUCCACUUACCCACUUAGCUGAGCUUCCUAGAGUCAUCACAUUCAGAGAGAAAUAAGGUAGAGGGAGGCAAGGGCUGAAGGAAAGAGGAAGAAGGGUUACUACUGAAUGAGAACAGAUUUCCAAUUUGGAGCAAUGAAAAGGUUCAGAAGAGCUGAGGGUAUGGCUCAGUGGUAGAGUCUUUGUCUAGCCCAUACAAGAAAUGCCCUGGAUCCAACCCCCAAAGCUGACAAAGGGGGAGAAAGUUAAAAAUAAAGUUCUGGAGAUGGAUAGUGGUAAUGGUUGAACAAAAACAGGAAUGUACUUAAUGUCACUGAAUUGUGCACGCAGAAAGGGUUAAACCAUAAAUACUCCAUAUAGUUCACUAUGAUAUAAAGAUAAAGGUUCAGUGUAAUCUGCUUUGUGAUUUAAAAAAAAUACCUAGCUCUAGUUUACUAAUUUUUAGGAACAAGUUGAUGCUGUAUAUCCUGGUACUUAUACCUGAAGGUUGGCAUUUCUAUAUGAAGGCUCUGAGAGGGUGAGAGAGCUGCCUGGAGAGUGGGGAAUCAGAGCAGAGGGCUUGGGAGCAGCAGGCAGACUGUUUCACCUAAUGUUCUUUUCUUCCCUGGCGCUAGGUUCAAACCCAAGGCCUUUUGCAUGCUGGGAAAGUGCUCUCCCACUGAGCUAUACCUCUGACCCCGACUUAAUGUUCUUACAAUUUUAGCAUCAGCCUCUCUUGCUCAAGACAAUGCAGAUGGCCAAAAUUACUCUUCAAAGCACUCUUCAUGAGAGUCAGAACUGCAGUGAGAAGAUUGUCAUUUCAUGUGGGGCCAAAAUAUACCACCAGAGGAAGAAAGAAACUAGUGUGAAGUGGAAGAAGAUAAUAAGAAAAAACAAAACAGAAAUAUUGAGAAAGAAGGAGACUUAUAAGGAAGGAAGAUAGCUCUGAAAUAGUAUUAUGAGAAGGAAGAAUUCUAUUGGGGUUUUGCAAGAUGGAGCACUAAUAUGCCCCAAAGCAAACAUCUAUAAAAGAAAUCUUUUUGGAACAGAAUCACAUCAUGCUAGGAAAAUAGAGGAAAUUGAAGGCCAGAGCUGUGGUUUCAGCUUAUCCUUGCUAGGUGGGGGCUUGGAUUAGAGCUCCUGUAGACACAAGGUCUCAUGUGGGGUGAGGAGGAGUGUUGGAACCAAGAUCAACAGAAAAAUCCUUCACAUAUGCACAGAAGACACUAGUGAAUCUAGUUUUUCUCUGCCUAGCAACCCGUGAAAAAUAACAUAGAAUUGCCUAAGAAAUCCUACUCCAUGUCUUAAGACUUAGAGUUUGAAUUUAUAUUAUAUUUCAAAAAUAUUUAUUUAAAAUAUGUAAACAGAAAAUUUGGUCAUAGGUUAGAAAACCUCCUGGUCCUCCUAGUAUUAUAAAUGCAAAAGCAUGUGGGGGAACAGAUACAUUUAAGGGGCAGGGGAUUCUCACAAAAUAAGUUGAGAUAAGUUCAUGACAAAAAGUCAUGGAAUAAGAAUGUAAUAAUUUUUGUGCGAAUCAUGGUCCAUUGGCCCAAGACAUGAGAAGAUUAGACCAAAGAACAAGUAACUAGCAUGGGACUUAAAAAGUGACUGCUGAGCAAAGCUUUAAGAUGAUUAAAGCUAUUACAGAAGUAAUUGAAACACAGAAGGAGAAAUACAGGCAGGUAAGGCUACACAAAUGGUGAUAGUGGACAGCAAUGACCACAUGCUGAGCACACUUCCUAGUGCUUUGCACGUACUGUACUAGUGAUUCAGUCCUCAUAACAACACAAUUGUUAAUGGAUUAUCAGAUACUACUAUUUUCUCACAAUGAAAAAAUGUGGGUUCAGAGUGGUUAAGUAACUUGUGCCAGGUCAGAAAUCUAAUGAGUGGCAGAGUUAACAUUUACACAGGGGUGUUUGCACAGGGGAGCGGAGGGAGUGGGAAGGUAAGGAGCAAGCUAUAUUACAUACAGGUACAAAUUCCCUCUAAUGGAUGUCAUCACUAUGUGUAUCUAAAAUGUAUCAGGAAAAAAGAACCAUAUAAACCAAUGGUCAAACUUUUAUUUCCAAAUGACAUUUUGAAAUUUCAAAAAGAUUUGAAAAUUUGAGAAUUCAGAAAUUUUUUUAAAAAUCUAAUUGUGAAGAAAAGUUGGCCAGCGAGUUAAAUAACAGGUGAGACAUGCUGAAGGAGGAAAGAGUAGAAUUAAGGGGAAAAAAAUCCAAGAAUGUAGCACAGAAAGAAAUGAAAAAAAUGAACACAACAGUAAGAAACACAGAAAAUAAAGAGAAAAGAUCUAGUAUAUUUCUGAAGGAAGCCCCAGACUUAAAGAAUGGACAGAACAGUGAAGGGGCUAUAUUAAAAUAUGAUUCAUAAAUUUCCGGAAUUGGUAAAAGACAUGACUAUUUGAAGAACACGGGGUAAAUAAAGAUAAAACACAAAUGUAGUGAGACUGUUUCAGAAAACAAAGAGAAAAUGCUGAGUAAACAUAAAAGGAAAGGGAGCGAUUUCUUACAUGAACACUUAGACUGAAAGCAUAUGUCUCUAUAGCAACCACAGAGUCUAGAAUAUUAUCAGUUAUCUUAAAGACAAUACUGGCAGAGUUCUGAGGGAAAGUACUGUCAAUUUAAAAUUCUAUUACCAGGGAGAAUACUGUUCUAACAAAACUUGUUUUAUGGAGUAAAUGAAAGAAAGGAGAAGGAAAGAAUAGAAGUGGUACAGUAUCCAGGAAAUAAAACACAAUGUGGUGGAAAUAAUUCUAAAUGUACUUGUAGUCACAGUAAAGGUAAAUGGAUGUAACUCAUCAGUUAAAAGUCUAUCACUGGCUAUUUCAUAGAAGACUUCUUAAACAUAAUGGCACAGAAGGCUGGCAUUACUGAGAAAAAGACGGACCAGACCUAUAUUUCCAACAAGACACAGAACUAGGUGUUAUAAAAAUCCCUCUUUUUGGUGUGGUGGCACAGGUCUGUAAUCCCAGCACUUAGGAGGCUGAGGCAGGAGGAUCACCAUGAGUUUAAGGCCAGCCUAAACUGUAUACCAAGACUCUGUCUCAGAAGAAAAAAAAACCCUCUGUCAUCUCCAAAUCAUCUGGAUCUAGAUUAAUUACACACAGACACUAAACUCACAAGAAAUUAGUAGGAAUCCUUAAGAGACAGAAAAAGAAAAGAGAAAUCCAAAAUCAUAGUGCUAAAUGAGUAUGAACACUAAAGCAUAUAGUUCCAGAUCACAGAUCAAUAAACUACAGCCUGGGAGUCCAGCCCAGCCCCGCAUCCUGUUUUUGUAAAGUUUAUUGGAACAUAGCCAGACCCCUGUGUUUCUGUGUUGCCUACGGUUCCUUUUUAAUAUGACACCAGAGUAGCUGUGGCAGCGAUCACAGGCCAUACGAUCCUCAAAAGGAAAUAUUUACUAUGUAGGUGGCCCUUUUGAGAGAAGUUUGCCCACUGUGCUGCUGUAGGGACCCCCCAAAUGCAGGGAGGAAUGACCGGCAGGAUGGCACAGGGUAAGGCCCAGAAAGAGAUGAGGUGUAGACAGUGAAGAAGAAGAAUUCAGACUCCCCAGAGAAGCUGGCACCCUGGGAAUGACUCAGUGUCUGUAACAGGGGGGGUAGGGGCACAGGCCACCAGAGAGGAGAUCUGCCGGCUGGGACCCUCUCUCAGUAGGAAGUAAUCCUCGGGUUGGCAUCUGUUUACUGGACUCCACUUCCUGCCAUGCCCACUAUAAUCCACCCCUGCUGAUUCUGAACUCCACUUCCUGCCAUGCCCACUAUAAUCCACCCCUGCUGAUUCUGAACUCCACUUCCACUGGCACCAUUCUGCUGUGCUCUAAAGGAGAUGUUACCAGCUUCUUCUUGUUUCUGUCUACUUUUUCAUUCAGUAUGGUAAGCUCUUAGUGGUCCAACCUAUCCCCAGGCAAGAAUUUUGAUGAUGUUAAUUUUCUGGCUACAAGGUUGCACAUGUUCAGAGUGAUCUGUCUCCAAGCCCAGCAAGGUAGUUGUUUUUGGAAGAUCUGAAUGCAGUAGAAACGUCAAGUUUGGGUGCUGCAGAUUAAAAUAAAAGAUUAAUGUUUCAUUUA